AUGGCGUCUGCAGCCGUUACAGAGGAGCUGAAUUGUACUAUCUGCCUGGAAAUUUUUACAGAUCCCGUGACAUUGAGAUGCGGACACAACUUCUGCCGGGUUUGUAUUAAUAAAUCACUGGACACCCAGAGGGCAUCUGGAGUGUAUUCCUGCCCAGAAUGCAGAAUGGAGUUUACGAAGCGGCCUGCCCUGCAAAGGAACAGGACUCUCCGUAACAUUGCAGAGCAUUUUUCAAGCAAGCCGCAGAAGGAAGAUGUUAACUGCAUGUAUUGUAUUGAACUUUCUGUGCCCGCCGUUAAAUCGUGUCUGAUGUGCGAAGCUUCUCUGUGUAUAAAACACCUUGAAGUCCACAGCAAGUCACCCGAGCACGUCCUGUGUGAGCCCAUCUCCUCCUUUAAAAAACUAAGGUGCCCCAUUCACAAUCAAGUUUUCAUGUAUUACUGCACCGAAGACGCUAAAUACUUGUGCGUUUCAUGUACAUUGUCAGGACAGCACAUGGGACACCAGAUGGAGCUACUAAAUGACUUCUGCACAAAGAAGAAGGAAAAGUUAAUGAAUGUCCACAAAGAACUCAGCGUCAAGAAAACUGACCUUCAGAAGAACAUUCGAGAUUUGGAGCUGCCCAAGGAAAGACUUGAGAGUAAGUUUAUCGCAAUCGAAAACAAAGUGACUUCCAUUUUUAAGGAUAUCCUAGAACAGCUUGAGAUGCUCAAGACAAAAACUCUGCAAGAGAUCAAAGCUCGGAGGAAAAAAAUGAUGAAUGAUUUCAUGGAGCAAAUCUCCGAGCUAGACAGGAAGAAGCAAGAGCUCUGCAGGAAGAUGGAUCACAUCGAGGAGCUGUGCAGCAUGACCGACCCUAUCGCCAUCUUGCAAGAACUAAAUCUGGGCAGCAACCAAGCUUUAAAAAUAGAAAGUAUGGAUAAAGACAAUUUACAGGAGCCAAGCGAGCCAAUGGAAGAAGACAUGGACGAGUCUGGUAUUUUAAUGACAAUACAUAAAGAUCUAUCUGACAUUUUCAGCAGCUUUAAACAAAACUUGUUCCCGGAGAAAGAGGCAAAAAUAACCCUCGAUAUCACAACGGCGGCUAACAAUGUUUUCAUUUCUGAUGACCGCAAAACUGCCUCGUGGCUAGUGAACCAAGGUCGCCCGAUGACGUCUGAAAGAUUUCAGUAUCAUCAGGUGUUAAGCGUUGAGACUUUUUCGAGUGAUAGUCAUUAUUGGGAGGUAGAAACUAGCGAAACGGGCAACUGGAUGGUGGGGGUAGCCUAUCCCAGCAUUGAGAGGGAAGGGAAUCAGGCCAUUAUUGGGAAAAACAAUAAGUCCUGGAGCCUUUGCAAGUGGAAUAAUCAAUAUUUUACUUUGCACGACAAGAAACAGAACCAUCUUAACGUUAAGUUUGGCUGUCGGAAAUUCAGAAUGAGUCUGGAAUAUAAUAAUGGGCGCCUGACCUUUUAUGAGUUGAACAACUUGACCAAACCAGCAUACACUUUCUUCAUUAAGUUUACCGAGCCCCUCCAUGCUGCCAUAAGUGUCUGGGAUAGCGCAUGGGUGACAGUUCUGAGUCAGGAAUAG